CGCACCUUUAAUUCGCUCCUCCUUGUCCUUAAGUUGGUUCCUAGCAAAAGUCAGCGCUGACUCGACAUGUUGUACCUUCUUGUUUUUGUCUUGAUCGACACGUUCGGCUUGCGUCAAAGCCUUCUCCUUAGCAGUCGUUGCUUUGGCAACUUCGGUCUCGACCGUUUCUGCGUUGACCUCAGACUCCGUAAAUCUUUUGAUGGCUUCGUCGUGACGCUCGAGGAGGGCCUGAAUGUCCUGUCUCUUCUGCGCGACCGACUUCUUCUUCAUGUCGAGCUUCGCACGGAAGUCUGCAUGGCGCUGAAGAGAGUUGAGCUCGCUCGUAUACUCUUCCCUCCUGUCAUCGAGCUCCCUGAUUUCGUUGUUCUUGAUACGAAUCUUUCCGUCGUAGUCGGCGUCCACCUGCUGCUUGAUGAGCUCUUCCAGCUUGGAGGCAAGGUCUUUGUGCUCUUUUUCCGCCGACUCUAGCUCCAGGCGCGUGACAGGCGACGUCUCAAGUUCCUCUUGCGUCUUCUUCAGUCGGUCCUUGAGACGCUUGAUGAUCUCCAUAGCGUGCUCGCGUGAUCCUUCUUUCGCCUUGAGGCUAUUUUGCAGGUUGUAGUAUUUUGAAGAAAGGUCAGCCUCUUGCUGCUCCC